UUUGAUGAAUAAGCUCUCUACAAAUACACUUUUAGGUGGAAAACUGUAGGUUAAGUCAACAAACGAUAUGGUUAAAUUUCUGCUGUAGCUAUUUUCUAGCUGCGUGUGUUAAAGGGCAGACUCUUAAAUGAAACUUGUAAAAACUUUAAUAUUAAAUUAAAUUAAAAGGCACUUGGUCUACUACCAAGACAAAAUGAGUUGUUUCCGAAAUGUUUGUACGAAAAUGGCCUGGUCCAAAAUAUCAGAACUGUUAGAAAUACUGUUUCACGUUAUUUAACUGGUUUGCUGUUGACUCCAAUUCCCAGAACACCCUGCUUCAAGAAUCAAUGGGCAGUUCGAAUCAUUUCAAAGAAUCGGUUCUUUUGAACAGGGCGUUCAAAGAACCGCUUCUAAAAAACUAUUUUUUUUUUAAAUUAGGUACAUUUGUAAUACAAGUAAAUUUGUCAUCAGAUCAUCAAAGACACCUCGGCGUGGCCUGUAAAAUGUCCUAAAACUCUAUGAUAAUCACUGCAAAUUAUUCAUUAAAACGUGUUUAUUGUAAUUCCACGUGCCUAGUUCAGUUCGUUGCAGAGCAUGAUUUAUCUCCUAACACAUUUGCGUUUGUAACGUUGAGAAAUCUGCCAUCAUAUUAACUCCUAAACGUUUCGAAUAUAUAAAUAAUUUGUAACAUUGCCACUAUUAAGGUAACUUACUGCUCGCGCCGUCAGCUCACUUUUCGCGCUCAAUGCGAGUUUAACAUCUAAAAAAAAGAUGCGGUUCUUGUGAGUCGGCAAAAGUGACUCGAGAACCGCUCUUACCGAUUCAGUCUGAUUCGCGAAUGAAUCGCUUGUCCCGGAACAGGCUCGUUUGAUUCCGUGAAAAGAUUCAACCAAAAAGAACGACUCGCUCGCGAUUCGAACGGCGAUAUACAACAUUCUAGAGCGGAGAGAAAGGCAGCGGAUUCCUCUCAUACUGCCACUAAAAGAGACACACACAGAGACGGGCGCAUUUUCCCCACAUAAAUGGAGGCACGGCCAUCGGGCGCCAUCAAACAGCCCUAAACCUGUAAACAUGGUGAAGGACCAAGAAGUGGAGCGCAUCGCGAAGAAGCUGGACAAAAUGGUGCAUAAGAAAAACACUGACGGUGCCAUCGACCUGCUCCGGGAGCUGAAGAACACGAAGAUGUCUUUGGAGACCUUGCAGUCCACGCGGAUCGGGAUGUCGGUGAAUGCGGUGAGGAAGCAGAGCUCGGAUGAGGAGGUGCAGACACUGGCCAAAUCUCUCAUCAAGACCUGGAAGAAACUGCUGGAUGGUUCUGAGGGUAAAGCGGAGGAGAAGAAAAAAGGAGGGUCUCCUCUCCAGUCCUCGUCUUCUAAAGACUGUCCUGGAUCCAGUGACACCAGUAACAAACCGGAGACCCCAAAAACCCCACCCCCCGUCACCCCCAAGUUCACCACCUUCCCACCGGCCCCCGUGACGACGGACAGCGUGCGCACCAAGUGCAGAGAGCUGCUGGUGGCGGCCCUACAGACCGAUGGUGAUUACCAGACGAUCGGCGUAGACUGUGAACACCUGGCAGCACAGAUUGAAGAUUGUAUCUACCAGGAGUUCAAGUCCACUGACAUGAAGUACAAGACCAGACUGAGGAGUCGCAUCUCCAACCUCAAGGACCAGAAAAACCCAGACUUGCGCCGGAACGUCUUGUGCGGCAACAUCUCUGCAGACCGCAUCGCCAGCAUGACCGCAGAGGAGAUGGCCAGCGCAGAGCUCAAAGAGAUCAGGAAAGCGCUGACCAAGGAGUCCAUUCGAGAGCAUCAGCUCUCCAAAGUGGGCGGCACCGAGACGGACAUGUUCGUCUGUGGAAAAUGCAAGGGCAAGAACUGCACUUACACUCAGGUCCAGACACGCAGCGCAGAUGAACCCAUGACCACCUUCGUGCUGUGCAACGAGUGUGGAAACCGGUGGAAGUUUUGUUAAAGACUAAAGUGAGCAGGAUUCUUCAUAUGAAGAGAUGACCUGAAUUCACAGUAUAAGGAAAUUAGUUUUUCUUUUCAGAAAAAACAAACCUGAUGUCCUUUUUUUCAUAUAUAUAAAUAUACAUGCAUUUUCAUAGCUUUGUAAUAUAGAAUGAGUGUUGCUACUUCAAAAAGCUAUUUCUGUAUUUUUUUUUUCUUUUUUUACUGGUGUAAUAUUAUUGCCUUUCACGCACUGCCGAUAACUUAAGUCAGCUGGCUUGUUCAGUCUUGCUUUGCCUUUUGAUAUAGAGCUUGUGCCUUUCUGCUCUAUGAGUGCCAAGUAAUUGCUGAAAGAAUUUGUACACAUUCAUACAUAUGUCGAUUUAGUUUUUUUUUUUGUUUUUUUUUUGUGGGGAACAUGUGCAUUUCAUAUGUUUAUGCACUUUGCAGAUGAUUUAUUUAACCAAAUCUUAAAUGAUUGGUUACUUUUUCCAGAGUUUGGAAAGACUUAAAGGAUUAUAGUUAAUAUUUGAGCCUUAGUGUAGGCGGGAGUUUGCUUCUUGUAGAGAACCGGACGGGGAGAAAAAAACAGAAUGUGGUACAUAAUUAAAGGUUCAUAUGUAUUGUAUGAAUAAUUGGACUGUUCUGUCUCAGUAAAUUUGGCUAAGAAUA